AUGACGGAAGAUUGGGGACGGCAGUCCGACACCAAGCCGCUUCUCUCCUACGCUCAGGAAAAGGGAGUGGAUUUCCCUCCCGUGCCCAUCAACGCUCCCGUAUGCGUCAUGACCAACGCCGAUUCCCCGGGUCCCAUCCGGCCACCGGACUCGGACCACAGCCUACGCAAGAGAUUAGACGGCGAUCACGAUCACCCGCCGCACGAGCAUUAUGUGGCCUACGCUAGGCGCUGGUACAUCCUAGCUGUGUUCUCCCUUCUCUUCGUCUUGCAGGCUGCUGCUUGGAACACUUGGGGUCCUAUAGCAGAUACUACUGAAGUCGUCCUACGAUGGACUCAAGCGGACCUCGAUCUGUGCAUCAACUGGGGCCCAAUUACGUAUGUUGUGACGGGAUUCGUCUUCUCAUAUAUACUCAAAGUCAAAGGACUACGCUUUGCUGUGCUGUGCAGUGCUUUGCUUUUUCUUUUUGGCAUGGGAUUCCGCUGCAUACCAGUCGGCAUCAAUAACAUCAAAUGGACGGCCAAUGUUGGCCAAGUGUUUGUAGGCGUGUCAGCUCCUAUUCUCCAAGCGGCUCCUACGCAACUCUCGGCAGUCUGGUUCCCGCCACAUCAGCGUACGACAUCCACGGCGAUUGCCUCCACAGCGGGCUACCUCGGCCUGGCCGGCUCCUUCCUGAUUGGUCCAAACAUCGUCACCGACGUGCCAAAGUCUGUCACAGCUGAUAACAUCACGGCUGAGAGUCGAACCCAGCACUUCAACGAAAUCAUGAACCUAUUGUACAUAGAAUGCGGACUGGCGGCAGCUCUAGUGAUCGCAGCCUUGCUGUAUUUCCCGGACAGACCCCCGACACCGCCUAGCGUCUCCGCCGGCGAGCAGCGAGAAAGUUUCCUAUCAGGAGCAAUCAGCCUCCUAAGGAACGCGCAGUUCUGGAUUCCCGCCUUGGCCUACAGUGUCAGCACGGGCUUGUACGCGGGAUGGAGUACGCAGCUGGACUCCAUUUUUGACAAGUCCCUCGGCGUUAAGCAGGAUACCGUUGGAUGGAUUGGAUUCAUCGGAAACCUAGCUGCAGUUGCUGGCGGAUUAAUCUUUGCAAGGUUAGUAGAUUUCCUCGGCGGUCGCAUGAAGUUGAUUCUUCUCGUGAUGAUGAUUGGGUCGGUAGGCAGUUGUGUUUGGUGUGUCUUGCUAUCCAUGCAGUACGUCGCGUUCAAUUUACCGAGUUUGUACAUCUCCUGUAUCAUCAUUGGCUUCUUCGUGAAUGCCUCCAUCCCCAUCUAUUUUGAAGUCACUGUGGAGGGCAUGUAUCCCGUCUCGGAGGGGACCAUAACGAUGAUCAUGACGUGGCUCAACAACGCAGUGGUGCUGGUCUUCUUGCUGUUGCCACAGAUAAAAGGCAUAGGAGUGACGUGGAUGAAUUGGGUAUUCCUUGGAUCGGUGGUAUUCUGUGUCCCACUACUCCUGAUGUACAAAGAGCGUUAUAAACGGCUGAAUCUCGACACCAAAGAUGAAUAAAAGCAGAUAUUUUUAAAGUAUGGGUUUAAUGAUGAAAUAUCAGUAUUGAGCUAAGCUCUCGACGAUGAGUUUUCAUUACUUCCAGUAAUAACACCGGCUAAAGUUUAAAAACUUUCUUGUACCCACUUUUGGAAGAAGUGGGAUGCAUUGGGUUCUGAAAAGAACCGGGCUUCGUACCGUUAAAAAUGUGGGUACAAAAGUUUUCAAGCGCCUUUUUUCUCAUGGUGCAUCUCAUCGCGAGAAACCUUUUACCGGUUACAUUGUGCACAUUCACAACUCACUGUUGAACCUUCGAUCAAUAAGCAGGCAUCAGCCCUUUCUUAGAAGUGUUUCAGUAAAUUCUGGGUUCACAAUUUGAACAG